UUGGCUGUUAUGGUCUGAAGUGGUCAAGACGUUCUCAGGUGUCUGUUUCAGAUUUAUGCCUUAGUUCAGCCUUUUAUAGAGAUUUGAUAUUCCAGAAGUUAUUUGUCACGUCUUUCCAAGUCCCUAAAAUAAAUUGCUUGGUGUCUGGCAAAGGGGUGGGUCGAGUCAAGUGCUAGGCUCAGUUUUGGUUGUGACAAACUGUCAUAUCAACGUGCAUGCUGCUCCUGUUGCUGUUACUCUCUCUGGGGGCUGUGCUCGCAGUGCCCCCCCCCCCCCCUCACCAGUCAUGUGACUAUCCACUCUCAAUGGACCCUCAAGUUACCUGCCAGUCAUUUGGACUUGGACUCUGCCUGAUCCGGAACCAAAGCAUGGAGUAAAAACUUUGAACAAACUAAAUCCAGACUAAGAAAUCAUUUCCUGAUGUAUUUGGAAAACUCUGAGCAAGGUAAAGUCUCCGGGGAAGGGCAGCUGUCUACUGAGGCCAUGCUUGCUAAACAAUGCCAGGUUCCCAAAUUAACAGAAGCGGCCGAUUUAACCAGCCCUUCAAAGGGAAGUGCUGAACUUGGCAUACAGGUCCUUGUGGAAUAUACUGAGCAGACUGUUGUCGGCAAAGAAAUGGACCCUUCUAUCCUUUGUGUGGAACACUGCAACAUGAACAGAGAGGAGAUGGAACCCUGCACAUAUUGCAAUGGACACUCUGAGAGCUUUGAGCAAUGCUCAGAAAGCGACAGAUUUUUUGAAUCCGACCAGAUUGCUGAUGAGUGUGAGACUUCGGGGUUAAGCCAACUAUUUGACGAAUGUGCUCAACACUGUGAGUGUUUUAAACCUUGCGAGUCCUCUGAGCACUGUGCUAAUCAUAGCUUAGCUUCCGAAUGUAGCCCUUGCUGUGAACACUGUGCAGAACACCUCCAAUUAUUUCAGCAAUGCAAGCCCUCUGAUCAACAGUUUGAGUCUUCUGACUUUGAGCCAGAUACAUUGGCAGUGAACCGUGAUGAUUUUGGGCAGUGUGAAAUGUCUGAUUUCAUACCUGAAUGCACAGACCACCUCGACUUUCUGCAACAUUACGUGCCUUCUGAUCAGCAGUGUGAGUGCUUUGAACCAGACACAUCAACGGAGGAUUCUAAGCAAUGUGAAAUGACUGGUUUCAUACCUAAUGUCUCUGACUCAGUGGACAUACUGGACUGUGGCACGGAACUUUUUGAGUAUGAUGAAUGCACCGAUGAUGAUGACGAUGAUGAAAAGAGCUGUCAACCUGAACAAGAAGAUGAGCAAACUGAAGCCGAGCCUGUUGACGAAGAGUCCUGCACGUUAUCAGAGGAUGUCAAUUCCUCACAUUUCGACACACCUGUUCAUGUUUAUUUCGAUGACCGUGAAGAUGUUCACUUUGCAAGUGAAUGCUGUGAGACACAUCAGGUCACUGAGGAAAACUCUCCACAUGACACUGCAUUGAACAUGUCCACGGAUCACUGUGAAAUGUGUGAAACGGAUUACUCUGAAACGAGCCAAGAGUACGAUCAACAAUGUGCUACUUCGAAGCAGUGUUUUGAUAAGACCUCAGAGUUUGGAAUUGAAGAAGACUGUUCCUCUGAUUGCUCUUCUAUUGAAACCAAAUCCUUUAAGACUUGUCCUGAUGGCAGCAUUCCUUCAGACCUCUGCUCUGAUUCAUCUGGGGAAUCCCAAAAAACCGCUCAAGAAUAUUCAAGUGAUGAGCAUACGCACUGGGAAUCUUUUGAAGAAGAUGACGAAAUGGAGCAAAGCAAUAUUAACGGCAGUAAUGAGGAUCAAAAGAUAACACCUACUGUUGAUGGUGUUAUUGAGGAUUACUUUGAUCUAUUUGACAGAGCUGACUAUUGCGGAAACACGUUUGCACAAAAGCAACGUUACAUCUCCUGCUUCGACGGGGGAGAUAUCCAUGACCGCCUGCAUCUUGAGGAAGUCCAAGCUGAGGCACAGAAACGUGCCAAAAAUGUAUACAAAUUUAAAGAAAUCACAAAAACAAUUGAUGUCCGGGAAACUGAUACAUGUUUGGAUGCUCCUGAAGAGGCAUGUGAAGAUACUUAUGAGGAAGAUGCAAGUCAGAGAGGUGAUGCCUCUACUGGGUCUUGUGAGUCAGAGGAACAAGCCGAAGACUGGAUUAAAGAAUCCGGAUCAAGUUUAUCAGGGGAUGACGUUGAAGAUGAGGAAUCAGAAGUCUAUGCCCUUUAUGCAGAGAAUUUUGAGGAAGAUGAGGACACUGCACUUGACGGCCGUGUUCCUGAAAUCUACAAUGAAGAAGAAGCUGAGGUCUACCUGUCCUCUGGUAAUAAGGAGAGUAUGAGUGCGCCAUGUGCAGAUGACAUCUCUGUUGAAGGUGAUGCUUAUGAAGAUGAAAUCUUUGUUGCUGAGAAAUAUGAAUCGCUUUGUGACAAUGCCUCUGCCUUUGGACAUUUACAGACAACUGUCAUUGUUACUGAGCCUGAAGACAAAGUAUUUAUGGCAUGUUCAGAAAUGGAGCCAUAUUGGUCACUUGUAGAUCACGAGGAAAAUGAAGAGAUGUGUGAGCCAGGUGUUGAGGAAUACUAUGUAUAUCAGAUAAAAAGCAUUCAGUCGUCUGUUAAACAAGCCCUGAAUGGAUUUAUUAUGGAAGGAAGAUCAUACGAUCAGAUGAUUAACGGGGAUGCUUCAAGGAAUGAAAGAGAAGAUGCUCUUUUAUCCCUGAAAGCAGUCCGAUUUGAAAUUACUGAAGUUAUUGAACUUAGUGAGAAUUUUGCCAACUGCUCCGUUGUGGAAAAAACAACCAACAAACAAACUUCGGAAUCUGAAGGGGACUGUGGAUUAGGUGAAAAGGCAAGAGAAAUAAAACCUACUUUAGGUGUUAUUCACAGUGUUGUCACACAACUUACAAAAAAUGAGGGAAGGACUGAGGAAAACAAGGCCUCCGAAAGAACGGAUUCAGACGAGGACGAGUGGAGUGACGAGAUAUCCUCUGAGCCUUGUGAAUGCGAGUACUGCAUUCCACCAAUAGAGGAGGUUCCAGCAAAACCGCUGCUUCCCCGGAUGAAAUCGAAUGAUGCAGGAAAGAUCUGUGUGGUCAUUGAUUUGGAUGAAACACUAGUGCAUAGUUCAUUUAAGCCAGUGAACAAUGCUGAUUUUAUCAUUCCAGUGGAAAUUGAUGGAACGGUUCACCAGGUGUAUGUGUUAAAGAGACCUCACGUUGACGAAUUCCUCAAGAGGAUGGGAGAAUUGUUCGAGUGUGUCCUGUUCACCGCCAGCUUAUCCAAGUACGCAGAUCCUGUGUCGGACCUGUUGGACAAAUGGGGGGCCUUCCGGAGCCGUCUCUUCCGGGAGUCCUGUGUCUUCCACAAAGGGAACUACGUAAAGGACCUGAGCCGUUUAGGAAGAGACCUCAACAAGGUCAUCAUCAUUGAUAACUCCCCAGCCUCCUACGUCUUCCAUCCCGACAACGCAGUUCCAGUAGCGUCCUGGUUUGACGACAUGUCAGACACCGAGCUCCUCGAUCUUAUCCCUUUCUUUGAGAGACUAAGCAAAGUGGACGACAUCUAUGAAGUUCUCCAGCAGCAGAGGACUUCAAGUUAACAGAGGCAGGAAACUAGGAUGAAAAUAAUCCCCAGCAGCUGUCGUCACGGGGCCACGGAGGCUGGUGGGCCGCAGGCUCCACGCUGCAUCCGACUACAAGGACCACACUGCAAAAAAUGUCUCAUUUAAUCUCGUAUUCUUAACAGUGUUUUGCAUAAAAAAACGUGAAAGAAAUCUUUCCGGCGGGGUUUGAUGCUUCAGCAUUGAAAGUAAUCUAAUCCAAAGAUUCUUUUUUGUUGUAGUAACGCUAGAUAAAGACUGAAUAUGAGAUUCAAUGACUUCUGUAGAUAUCUUUUGCAGUGCAGCUAGUUUGUUGUUGUUGUUGUUGUUGUCGUUAUGUGACAGCAGUGACCUAUUUAAGUAAGCUGUAAACCUAGAUAGUUUGAACAGUUGUUCAGUGCCAUUCUACAAAUGAACCGCAUCAGUUGUUUUCAUUUCAGUUUAUUGUAGCAUUUUUAAUAGUGUUUGAAUCUCUUACACAUAAUAUAACAAGUCAUUGGAGACUGUUCCUUAAACCCCAUUAACUUACUUUUGUUUGCUCAAGUGGCCGAAUGUGUAUGUAGGAAAAGACAAUCAUUAACUUUAGAGAAUUGUGGUUUAAUAUUUUAAACACGUUACGGCACAUUUCACUACGAAACACACAUUUGUGGUGUGCUCCAAGUACUGUGCAUUUAUCUAAUGUCUUCUGAAAGCUUUGAACAAAUACUGUUUGUGGUAGGAAUUUGGCUCCAAAAUUGCAUUUAAAUUAAAAAGAACAAUAUUUAUGGCAA